CAAUAUCUUACCUUCUACUUAUUUUUAGGCCCUAGCCCCUUCGACUCCCCUCUCAGACCUCAUUACUAAUGCGGCCGCGCAAGGCUCACACCAAAUCCCGCACCGGCUGUGUUGAAUGCAGGCGACGUCACAUCAAGUGCGAUGAAAGCCGCCCGCAGUGUAAGAGAUGCCGGAACUCGGCACGGGAAUGCGCUUUUACCACCGGAGAGCUCAAGAUCCAACUCUCAUCCUAUUCACCACACACCUGGGGACGGAAUGGGAGGCGUGGCUUGCGUGGCCGCAGGCCUCUAUAUCAAUUCUAUUCUGCUCUGCGCAUCAAGCCACACGCCGGUAUUCCGUCCCGGUAAACCCCGCACCCGCGAUAUCGCUCGACAGCUCGGAUCACUUUCAAGACUGCAAGAAUAGUGAGUGUAAGGAGAUGAAUGUCU